AGUGCCAGAUAAACAGCCACCCAGACAGGAUUUCUCCUAAACCAGGGGGUAACCAUGACCUGCUGUGAAGGAUGGACAGCCUGCAAUGGAUUCAGCCUGCUGGUUCUACUUCUGUUGGGAGUAACUCUCAACGUAAUACCUCUAAUUGUCAACUUAGUGGAUGAAGACCAAUUCUUUAAAAACCCCAUCUCCUGCUUUGAAUGGUGGUUCCCUGGAAUUAUUGGAGCAGGUGUGAUGGCCAUUCCAGCAACAACGAUGUCCCUGGCAGCGAGGAAAAGAGCGUGCUGCAACAGCAAAACCGGGAUGUUUCUUUCAUCACUUCUGAACGCCAUCACAGUCAUUGGAGCUGCGUACUGCCUGCUGGUGUCCAUCCAGGCUCUCGCGGAGGGCCCUCUCAUUUGCAACUCUCAAAGCAACACAACUUCCAGUUGUGAAUUUUCACUUGAAAACUUAACUGCCAGUUAUUACGAAUCCUUUGAUCUGCAGUGGUUCUUUGAAGACUCUUGUGUUUCUCGUAUGGAUUCCAAUAAUCCCUCCAUCACCAACACAACAGCCAGUAACUGGAGAGUAUACAACUUGCACUUCAAUUCUAUAGAAAACAAACACAGGAUUAUCCAUUUCUCAGUAUUUUUAGGUCUACUGCUCGUGGGCAUUCUCGAGAUGCUGUUUGGACUCAGUCAGAUAAUCAUCGGCUUCCUUGGCUGUCUGUGUGGAGGAGUCUCUAAGCGAAGAAGCCAAAUCGUGUAGUUUAGUAACAAUAAAAUGGAAAUACAAGUUUAAAUCAUUUGAGAACAUUUAAAAGAUAUGCUUUUAGAGGUUCAAUAAUAGAACAUUACCUAGAAAGCUGUGGAUGAGUCAGUUUAGCCCAAAAGUUUGUUUUUAAAGUCAACUUUGAUAUAACUAAAAAACAAAUCACAUUUAAGCAUGCUGGUAAAUGCAAAUUCUCACAUGGAAA